AUGAUUUUCGCUAAACUGUGCCACUCAGAUCUCUUCCUAGAGACCCAAGAUGGGCCCACCCUUAUGUAUAGCUCUAUCUCUAUCGAAUUCUAUUCUGGUGUGAGCGCAAACAAGAUCCCAAAACGCGAGGCCGUCCCUCCGAACAAAGGCGGUCCCUUCGCUGCAGCGCUUCGCAACCUCGCCAAGAACGCGGACCCCGAGGCGAAGGACGGCGGCGCAGGCAGCGCGGUCACAGCGCGCGACGUCAAGGACAAGCCGCCGCCCCAGCCGCCCAAGCGGGCAUCACCGCACCACCUGCCCGCCAGCGGCUUCCAACCUUACCGACCUGAUGAUAGGUUAUCCCACCCAGCUGCGUCGUUCCCACUGCUGGAGCCCGCGGCAUAUUCUCCGUACGCACAUCCAAGUAUAUACUCCAGCGCGGCGCUACAGUACAGGUUAGCAGCCGAGGAGCAGAUGUACCUGGAGCGCGUGUUCCGCAGCGGCGUGGGCGUGGGUUGGCUACCGCCGUACGCGCUGUACCCGCAACUGGCGCCUCCGCUGUCGCUGCACCCCGCCCACUCCGCGCACGCCGCGCACACGGCGCACGCGACGCACCCCGCGCACUCCGCGCACCCCGCGCACGCGCCCCACGCCGCGCACCCCGCGCACCAGCCGCACCCCGCGCACGCCAUGCACGAGGAGCGCGACAAGGAAAUCGCUUUGCAGCGAGAAAGAGAGCGCGAGAGGGAAAGAGAACGGGAACGAGAAAGGGAGAGGGAGCGAGAGCGCGAGCAACGGGAGAAGGAGCAGCGCGAGAGGGAGCGGGAGAGAGAGCGAGCGCGGGAGCGGGAGAAGGAGCGCGCGCGUGACGAGCAGCGCGCGCUCUGCGCCGCCGCGCUGCACCCGCACGCGCACCUGCUGCCGCCGCCCGUGUACGCGCUGCCGCGCCCGCUGCUGCCGCCGCCGCUGCUGUACCGGCCCUACCGGCCCUACGCCUCCCCCGCGCCCGCGCACGCGCCGCCCCCCGCCGCGCCUCAGCCGCAGGCGCAGCUGCCGCCCCAGCCUCAGCCUCUGCCUCUCGCCUUCGACACGCCGCGCACGCUGCCGCCCGCGCCCGCCGCCCCCGCCGUGCCCCUCGCUCCCCUCGCGCCCCUCGACCAGCCGGCGCAGCGCGCGCCCAGCGCCCCGCCUGCGCCCCCCGCCACGUCCCCCGCGCCCCCUGCCCCCGCGCCCGCCCCCGCGGCCGAGCCGGAGCCGGCCGAGCCCGCCAAGGAGGAGCCGCCCGCGCCCCCCGCCGCAGGUGAGGAGGCGGCGGUGUGA